CUGUAAACGCAGGAAGCUAUCGCGGGCCGCCGCUCUCUAGUCAGGUGACUUCGGGGUCGUGCGUGCGCGCCCCUCCCCCCUCCACAGAGAGCUGCGAGAGCGGGGACACACCUGGAGCCGCGAGCGGGAGAUCAACAGCGCGCACUGGGGGGGAAGGGGGAGGCGCCAGACCUGGGCGGGAGAGUUUACCUGUGUCACCCCCCCCUCCUCUCACUCCCAUAGUCGUCACCCCGCCCCCGCCUCACACACAACCUGUCUGACACCUUUGGAGAGGUCCGGCGGCUUCCAUUACUCAUUAGCUCCCGGCAGAGGGGGCGGGCAGCCGGCUCUGCCUUCAGGAAGGGUGUGUGGCGCUCAUGUGUGCGGCUCACCUGAGUGUGUGCACACCGCUACCCAGGAGGGCGCCCCCCUCAGGCCGUGAGAAGUAGUGUGCCAGUGCCUGAGCUGGGCCUAGUCAGGCUGUGGGGCCGCACUACUUAUGUGUUGAGGUAGUUCUAGGCCGAAUAAAGCCCCUUCAGUCACUUCACAUGGGUUAUAAGUGCAGCACAGGGGCCCCUCUAAUCUAACCCAGAGUCUGUGUAUAAUAAUAAGACCCCCCCUCCUUAUCGCACACUUUGCCCCCCCGUCUGCCGCUGCUUUUAUCCUCUUGUCCAAUGCUGUCCCUAAAGUGGAUCUAUAACUAAGUACCAUGUCCACGCGGACCCCCCUGCCGACCGUGAAUGAGCGCGAUGCCGAGCAGCCUACAUUGGGUCACGCUGACUCAAAGACGAGUAGUGGGGGCGGCAAUAGCAAACCCAAUAUGCUGAGAUGUCGCACCUCCAUUCCAACCUCUGCAGAUGAGCAGCCACAUAUUGGAAACUACCGUCUUCUCAAAACCAUUGGCAAGGGCAAUUUUGCGAAGGUCAAGCUAGCUCGACAUGUUUUAACUGGAAAAGAGGUUGCUGUAAAAAUUAUAGACAAAACACAACUAAAUUCUUCUAGUUUGCAAAAGCUCUUCAGAGAAGUGCGAAUAAUGAAGGUCCUGAACCACCCUAACAUAGUAAAAUUAUUUGAAGUUAUAGAAACAGAGAAGACAUUAUACCUUGUAAUGGAAUAUGCCAGUGGAGGUGAGGUGUUUGAUUACUUGGUUGCACAUGGAAGAAUGAAGGAGAAGGAGGCGAGAGCUAAAUUCCGGCAGAUUGUUUCUGCUGUUCAGUAUUGUCAUCAGAAGUUUAUAGUUCACAGGGAUUUGAAGGCUGAAAACUUGCUGCUAGAUUCUGAUAUGAACAUAAAGAUAGCUGAUUUUGGCUUCAGCAAUGAAUUCACUUUUGGGAACAAGCUGGAUACGUUUUGUGGCAGUCCGCCCUAUGCAGCACCUGAGCUCUUUCAGGGAAAGAAGUAUGAUGGGCCUGAAGUGGAUGUGUGGAGCCUCGGAGUUAUUCUUUAUACGUUAGUCAGUGGUUCCUUGCCUUUUGAUGGGCAGAACCUAAAGGAACUACGGGAGCGUGUGCUAAGGGGCAAAUAUCGGAUCCCUUUCUACAUGUCUACAGACUGUGAAAAUUUGCUAAAAAAAUUCCUCAUACUCAAUCCAAGCAAGAGAGGCACACUGGAGCAAAUUAUGAGGGAUCGUUGGAUGAAUGUAGGUCAUGAGGAUGAUGAGCUGAAGCCAUAUAUUGAACCAGUUCCAGAUUACAAGGAUCCUAAAAGGACAGAGUUAAUGAUAACUAUGGGUUACUCUCGAGAGGAAAUCCAGGACUCACUAAUUAACCAGAAAUAUAAUGAGGUCAUGGCAACAUAUCUGCUCCUUGGCUAUAAGUCGUCUGAGUUGGACAAUGAGAAUUUGACCCUGAAGCCUAGACCACCUCCAGACAUCACCAACAGUACAGCUCCUUCACCUGCUCACAAGGUUCACCGCAGUGUAUCUGCUAAUACCAAGCAAAGAAGACUCAGUGACCAGGUUGGUCCUACCAUCCCUACAUCAAAUUCCUACUCCAAAAAGACGCAGAGCAACAAUGCAGAAAACAAGAGGCCUGAUGAGGAGCGAGAAAGUGGGCGCCGAUCUAGCAGCACAGUUAGAGUGCCACCUAGUCCUUUAUCUGGAUUGGAGAGGAAGAGAACAACCCCAACUCCAUCUACAAACAGUGUACUGUCCACUGGUACCAAUCGUAGUCGCAAUUCUCCUAUGCUGGAGAGAGCCAACCUUGCUCCUGGAUCAGUUCAGAAUGGCAAGGAUAGCUUCUCCACACCUGGUUCCCGUGCCUCCACCGCCUCUGCCCCAGCCACAUCAGCUCGGACUCGUUCGCAUCAGAAAUCCAUGUCCACCUCUGUGCACCCCUCAAAAGCUACACCUUCUUUGGAGGGCAGCACUGAUGCACAGAGACCAAGCAGCACAGCCCCUCAGAGACUCCCUGUUGCAUCCCCAUCUGCUCACAACAUCAGUAGUGCAGCUCCAGAGAGGACCAACUUCCCACGUGGAGUAUCCAGUAGGAGCACGUUUCAUGCUGGUCAGCUUCGCCAAGCUCGGGAUCAACAGAAUUCACAAUUUGGGGGUGUUACACCUGCAUCUCCUUCUGGUAAUAGCCAGGGUCGUCGGGGAGCAACUGGAAGCAUCUUUAGCAAGUUCACAUCCAAGUUCGUACGCAGAAAUCUGUCUUUCAGAUUUCCAAGAAGGAACCCAAAUGAACCAGAAGGGAAAGAUCGAGUGGAGAGCACCAGACCUCAUUUGACUGUUCCAGAGAAAGAUGACCUGAGGGACUCCAAGCCACGCUCAUUGCGCUUCACAUGGAGCAUGAAAACCACCAGCUCAAUGGAGCCGAAUGAGAUGAUGAGUGAAAUCUGCAAAGUGCUGGAUGCCAAUAAUUGCCAACAUGAGUCACAAGAGAAGUACAUGCUGCUUUGUGUCCAUGGCUCCCCGGGUCACGACAGCUAUGUACAGUGGGAGAUGGAGGUGUGCAAGCUUCCACGGCUCUCCCUGAAUGGUGUGCGUUUCAAGAGAAUUUCAGGCACCUCCAUGGCAUUUAAGAACAUUGCCUCCAAAAUUGCCAACGAACUUAAACUUUAACGGAACUUAUUGCUCUGUAAGGGAUAGAGAGACAAAAUGAGACACUUACCAGGCACCCCUCCCCCAGCCUGACCAGCUCUUUUAACCAAGAGGAUGCCAGGAUUUCCAUUUUGGCUCUGUGCUGGCAUGCCCUGGAAAGGGCUCAGCGGUGAUAUAAAUGGAAGCGGGCGAGGGUGCUCUGCGAUAAACUACUGCUCCUUUCAUUGGUGGUUUUGAGGGUUAUUUUAUUUGAAAUAGAUUUAUAAUGUUUUGUUUUUUUUAAAGAUUGGGUUUGGGACUCAGAUUAUCUAAUAGACUGCUAAAAAGAAUAAGUCUUGUAGAAAGCGAGCUAGAAUGGUUGGCCCUUCUAUGAAAUGUGCAACUGUAUCCUACUUAAUACAGUUUUACAAAUCAGACCACAGCAGAUUUAAGGGGAAACAUCUGCCCCUUUCCUUUAUCCACAAACAGUCCUCAGCUCCUUUGUACAGAGUUUGUUAUAUAAAAAAAUAAUGUCUAAGACACUGAACUACUAGCUCAGGGUGGCGAUACAACGCAGGUACCGUGAAGACUGCUCAACGUGGAGUAAGCGGUUGUGGGUCACUAGAUUUGGUAGGAGGAGUGGGCAUUCGGAUAUAUAUAUUUUUCUUUUCCAUUGUUAUUUUGCCCAUCAUGUCAUAGCAUUGCGGUUUCUGUGGGAUAUGAGCUGGUUGUGCAGCUUAGUGGUGGGUACAUCUUCAGUUACUCCAUGGUACAAAAUACAGACAACAAUUCUAAUGCAAAUAUAGGUUAACAUAUUUCUGUCUAGUUUAAGUGACUCGUCUUUUCCCUUCCUUUGUAUGUUUCAUUACUGAAAAGCGGUUAUCCAGGUCAGGGUUUUAUACAAGAGAGCAUAGGAGGUACCCACUUUGACUGACUCCUCCAUGUUCAGUGUCCCCACGUCUUCUCCAGCCUUGGCAGUAUGGCAGCAUAUCACUAUUACAAUGUCACAGUAUACAGAGUGCACCCUUCUCCAUGCUGACUGCAGUGAUUUCAAUGUACAUAUCCGUCUACAGCUAGAUCGAAAUCCAGGAAAGUAUCAGUGAAAUACUUCUUUCUUCUGAUGGAAUGAAUGGAGGCUGCCUUGCUGAGGAAAUGCCUGUGAUUCAGUACAUCCUAUCGGACUUUCCAAUAAACCCCUCAGCGGCAGUUGCAGGAUUUAUCUGUUGUAAAUAUCAAUUGGAAAUCUAUGUGUGACUGCCAGCUGCAGUUGAGGGGUGAAGUAGUUACCUUUGGCAUACAGGGGGUGAUUACUUACCAGAUUUGCAAUUUUUUUUUUGUGUGAAUGAUUUAAUUGCUGUUUGGAAAAAAGAGAAGUUCUGUGACAAAGACGUUUUCUUAUUGUUUUAUUAAACCACACCUCGCCAUUCUCCGUCUCCCUACAUGAAAGCUUUCAGCAAUACGAAACCGACGCUCCUACAUUGAUUUAUUACAGCUUACUAAUGGAAUAAAUAGCCAAAAUUUCCAGCCACUGCAUAGGACUGGCUCAAGAGUAAGGUUUUUUUAAAUUUUAUUUCUAUCUUUUAAGCUUGUCAUACACAUUAGAUAAAUGGAUGCUGAAUGCAGCGAUUUCGGCAGGUCUGGCAGCCGGUCUAAUGUAUAUGGGGGGGCUCCGCUGUCUGCUGAUUGUCAGGCAGUUGGAUUACGCUGCCUGAUUUUUUUUUUUGUUCUCUGGAGAUAAGCCGGUGCCUGUCAGCAGCUUCCUCCCUGUUCAGGACAUAUACGCGCUAAACCAAACGAGCAUUUGUAAGGAUAGGCCAGAAGAGACUGCUAUCCAAUGUGCAUGGCCAGCCAUAGGUCCUAAUCUCAUUGCGGUAGACACCAUAUGGCUGGUGUCAGACAGCUGAAAUGCAGCGCUUUCUUGGAGGACCACAUGUUGCAGUGGUAAUAAGGACUCUAACCGGUCAUCUGAACACAAUGAUCUUAGUUUGGUUCAGUGGUAUGCACCCGAAGCAGCUUUAUUGCCGCUUUCCUCAUUCUUAUAGCGGUAUUCAGGUCUGUAUCAGUAUUUUGUAAGCAGUGGG